CACGACGGCCCAUCUUCCGCCGGUUACGUUGUCUGGUUGAACGCGAGCUGCACCCCUCAAAAUGGCGGGGUGUUGAUCAAGGCGGGGCGCCGCGGGGAGCUUUAUAUAACGGCCCAUCUCCGCUCAGAUGAACCGCAGACUUAGCCUUUCUCGCUGUUUCGGCAUAUCAAAGUUCUACUAUUCCGAACUUAUGUUUUGGACUUGAUUUCAAACUGUCUGAUACUUACAGUAUAAAAACUCGCUUUAUGCUAUCGAGCGAGGAGCUCCAGGCAGUUUGAACCGACCCCACAGCCGCAUCAAACGCACGCUUCACUCGUAAUCGCCCAUCAUGUCUCGAAAACACUUCUUCUCCAGCCCCGAGGGAGUUGUAGUCCACAUGCUUAACUCUCUUGUGACGCGUAAUAAACACAUGGGCCUCGACACAACGAACCGCGUAGUCUACAACACUGCACACCCACCGAAUCAAGUAACUAUCAUAUCUGGAGGAGGGUCUGGCCACGAGCCUGCGUGGUCGGGAUUUGUCGGCGAUGGUAUGCUUUCAGCAGCUGUUUGCGGUGAUAUUUUUGCUUCUCCAAGCACUAAGCAGAUUAUGGCGGGGAUAAGGAACGUACCGAGUGAUGAAGGGAUAAUACUGUGCAUAACGAACUACACGGGAGAUAUGCUUCAUUUCGGACUGGCGAGAGAAAAGGGACAGGCGCUUGGAUAUAAGGUGGAUGUUGUGUGUAUGGCGGAGGAUGCAGCAUUAGGGAGGGAGAAGAGUGAAAAGGUGGGGAGGAGAGGAUUAGCUGGAAAUCUGCUAGUCAUCAAACUCAUCGGUGCUGCAUCCCAGAAGGGCUGGCCUUUCGAGAGAUGCAGGAAGAUUGGCGAAUUGGGUAAUUCCGAGCUUGUUACGAUUGGCACGAGUCUCGAUCACUGCCAUGUACCGGGCCGAGAAGCCUUCGAGCAGGUACCGGAAGAUGCCUGCGUCCUGGGGAUGGGUAUCCACAAUGAGCCCGGCCUCCGAACAAUAUCUCCCAUGCCCUCUGCGGAUGACAUCGUCAAGGAAAUGCUGAGAUACCUGCUCGACCCGAAAGACUCCGACCGCGCCUUCGUCGAAUUCAACCCCAACGACAACGUCGUCAUGCUCGUCAACAACUUCGGUGGCCUUUCCGGCCUCGAAUUCGAAGCCCUCGUCAACGUCACGCUUACUAUCCUCAAGAGCGACUAUAACAUCGUACCUUCCCGCGUCUACGCGGGCAUCCUGGAGACCUCGCUGAACGGCCAGGGGUUCUCGAUCACGCUGGGCAAUAUGAGUGGCAUGGCGCGGUCAAUGGAAUUGAAGGAUGAGGAGAUCAUCGAGCUCCUGGACGCCCCGACCAAUGCUCCCGGAUGGCCGAAGAACGGAUAUCGGCCCGUGGAUCACUCACAAGAAAUGGAAAGUCGACGCCGAAAGGCCAACGCCACAGCUGAAGACAACGACUCUUCUCAUCGUGGCCCCGAUACACCUGCAUCCCUUAUUCCCGCGCUACGCAAAGCUUGCAAUGCAGGCCUGGAGGCGGAGCCUAAAAUUACGCAAUUCGACCUCCAAAUGGGCGAUGGGGACUGCGGCGAAGCCGUGGCUGGUGUGUGCAAAGCUAUUCUGGGGAAUUUGGAUUCUGUGGGGCCGAACCCGCCUCCGCUGCUCGCCCUCCUGGAAAGCAUAGGCGAGAACGUCGAGGACGUAGGAGGAUCCCUCGGCGCGAUUCUAUCCAUUCUCGUCACAGCCUUCACGAACGCCCUCCACGACCUCACUAUUAAAUCCUCCAAGCCUCUGGACAUCUCUACCGUCUCUGAGGCCGCGGCCCACGCACUCGAGAAUCUGAAGAGCUAUACUUCGGCACGAGAGGGAGACCGCACCGUGAUGGAUGUCCUCAUCCCCUUCAUAGGUACUUUGAAGGAAAACAAGGAUCUGGCGAAGAGCGUGCAGGUGGCGCAGGAGAAGGCGGAUAAGACGAGCGAGAUGAAGCCGAAGUUUGGGAGGGCGACAUAUGUGGGCGAUGAGAUGGGCGAGGAGAGAAGUAGGAUUCCGGAUCCGGGGGCGUAUGCGGCGGGCGUGUGGUUGAAUGGACUGCUUGAGGGGUUUAAGGGGUAGUUGAUCUGUGUUACUAUCGCGUUCUUUUGGUUGGAUAUGUUUGAUGUAAGUAACACUGUUCAGUUGCGCGUUUCGAAGGGUCUAUUCUUCUUCAUUGUAGUCAUCAGCUCUGGGUUGACACGUCUCUCUCCGUAUUUUUGGUAUAAGGCUUUCCACCGCUCCUAUACUCGUACUCCCCAUCUAAAGCUUUUUCCAACCAGGAUGUCGGCUUUUCUCCAUUCCAUUUCGGUCAGGCGGCGACCGCACGCAGUACUUUUGGGUUCCAAGCCUUCAACUAAAUCACGUGACAUCUAUACGUCCCGUCUAUAUAAACCCCUAUCCUCUC